CACGUAGGCAGCGGAAAGCCGGGCCAGGCGCCUGCGCGCUGGGAAGGGUAGGCUCAGCGUGUUUUCCGGAACCCGGUGAGUGGCGGACUGCGCAGGCGGCGGGAUUCCACUCAGUUUCCGGUCCGCCGAACACCAAAGUCCAGGAAUCUAAGCAUUUUCAGUUUCUGGGAUUGUUAGGAAGCUGCAGAAGCGAGAUGGAGGUGGACGCACCGGGUGUUGAUGGUCGAGAUGAUCUCCGGGAGCGGCGAGGCUUGAGCGAGGGAGCAGGGCAGAACCUCGAUGUGCGGCCUCGGUCUGGGGCAAACGGGCUUCCCAAACACUCCUACUGGUUGGACCUCUGGCUCUUCAUCCUUUUCGAUGUGGUGGUGUUUCUCUUUGUGUAUUUUUUGCCAUGACUCGUUUGCUGAUAUCUAAAUUAAGAAGUUGGUUCUUGAGUGAAUUCUGAAAAUGGCUACAAACUUCUUGAAUAAAGAAGACAAGACUCUCAACAGAAGAAUUUCACAUCUCCAAGGGACCCUUCCUUUCAUUUUACACUUUGUUACUAAUUUGCAGAACUCUAUUAAAUGGGUAGGAUUUCACCCAUUCCUAGCUAAGUUGUUAAAAUUAAACCAUUUGGUUCGUGUUUAAAAACUUUCCAACAACAUCUAAUGGCUUUACAGGAGCUGAAUAUAAAAGCAUUUAUACUUAAA